GACCAACUUGCACUUUUUAAGCUGCAACUUCCAUUUCCAAAGUUGAGAGGCCAUUAUUUCCAUGGCCUGGCUCACAAGAUUGCACUUUCUCCUAUUUUUUAUAAUUUUUCAAAAUUCACACUUGGUCGAAGGUGUCGAUCUAAAUCCACCAGCAAUUUUCAAUUUUGGGGACUCGAAUUCGGACACCGGCGAUCUCGUAGCAGGCGUCGGCGAGCCUCUCGACCCGCCAAAUGGCCGCUCAUAUUUCUCUCGUCCGGCGGGCCGAUUCUGCGAUGGUCGUCUCAUAAUUGAUUUUCUUGCUGAUGAAAUGAAUUUACCAUUUCUCAACGCAUAUCUGGAUUCGUUGGGAUCGCCAAGUUUCCGAAAGGGGAGCAAUUUUGCGGCUGCUGGGUCGACCAUACUUCGGGCAACCGCCGAAUCUGUGAGCCCAUUUUCUUUUCGGAUUCAAGUGGCCCAGUUCUUAAGAUUCAAGGCCCGUGUUCUUGAAUUACUUGCUAAAGGAGGAAAAACGAACAAAAUUAUUCCAAGAGAAGAUGAUUUUGACGACGCUCUCUACACAUUCGAUAUUGGACAAAAUGAUCUCGCGGGUGCAUUUUACUCUAAAAGUGAGGAUCAAGUAUUGGCUUCCAUCCCAACAAUUCUAUCAGAAUUUGAGACUAGCCUUAAGAAAAUAUAUGACUCGGGAGCCAGAAAAUUUUGGAUACACAACACAGGUCCAUUGGGCUGUUUGCCCCAAAACAUAGCAGCAUUUGGAAAGGAACCAUCAAAGCUUGAUGAGCUUGGGUGUGUCAUCUCUCAUAACAAGGCAUCAAAGCUCUUCAAUUUGCAGCUUCAUGCCCUUUGCAGCAAACUACAAGGCCAAUUAACGGGUGCCAAUGUGACUUAUGUCGAUGUUUUCUCCAUCAAAUUGAGCCUCAUUUCAAAUUAUUCCCGAUACGGAUUCGAGCACUCGACAACAGCUUGCUGUGGAUAUGGUGGACCUCCAUUAAAUUAUGAUAGCCGGAUUGCAUGCGGGCAAACAAAGAACUUGAAUGGAAACCAAGUAACAGCACAAGCAUGUAACGAUGCCACCGAGUAUGUGAGCUGGGAUGGAAUUCAUUACACUGAGGCUGCAAACCGAUACGUCUCAUCCCAAAUCCUCACAGGAAAAUAUGCUGAUCCACCUUUCUCUGACCAAAUGCCAUUUCUUCUCCCACUAAGGUUGCAAGCCUAGUUACAGCUCUCUCUUUGUUUACUUGGGAAAAAAAAAAAUGUGUACUAUAAAUUUAUCAUGAAUGAAAAUUAAAACACAUUCAACAA